CUCCGGGGGCCGCCGAGCGAGGGCUUGCCCAGCAUGUCUCCAGUGGCAGAGAAGGACAGAGCUGUUGUUCAGCUCCUGCUCGGCGCUGGCACGUGCCCACGAUGUGUCCUGAGGUUCUGCUCUGUGGGCUCACAGCUGCUCUACAGACACCCACAACAGGAUCUGCUGAAGGAUCUGCAGGAAUUCCUGAGGAACAGCCAGGAACAGGAGGGCACAGAGUGUUUGGAUGUGUCUGACCCCCCUUGUAAGAGACUCAGGCUGGAGCACCAGGAGGAAGGUGCUGCUGAGCUGAACCACAACGGGGCCACCCCGCAGCUCCCCCCAGCUGGGGACACUGGGAAUACUGGGAAUGCUGGGAAUGCUGCCCUGGACAGCUCUGCUGGGAGGGUCUGCAACGUGUGUUUGGGAAUUCUCCAGGAGUUCUGUGAGCCUGACUUUGUUAAAAAGGUGUGCCAAAAAGUGCAUUCUGCUGACUACCAGUUCACCAGUUUUGUAUUUUCUGUGUCACUGCCCCCACAGCUGUCUGUCAGGGAGCGUGCUGCUUGGCUGGGGGUGAAGCAGCAGAUGAGAAAUCUGGGCCUUCCCUUGGCUAAGGAUGACAUUGUUCAGCUGAAGGAAGCUUACAAGUGGAUUAUUCAUCCCCAGCUGGCAGAAGAGUUGGGUGUUCCUGCUGAUGGAAAGAGUUUGUUUGAAGUUAGUGUGAUCUUUGCUCACCCAGAAACAGACGAGGAGUGCCAUUUCCUAGCCACAGCCUGCCCAGACUGUUUCAAACCAGCAAAGAACAAACAGUCUGUUUUCACCAGAAUGGCAGUUAUAAAAGCCCUGGAGAGGAUAAAAGAAGAGGAUUUUCUCAAGCAUUUUCCAUGUCCCCCAAGCUCACCAAAGAACCUCUGUGAUGCUCUGGAAAUCCAGUGCAAUAAUGGUGCAGUUUUUGUGGCUGGAAGAUACAACAAAUAUUCCAGGAAUUUACCUCAGACUCCCUGGAUUAUUGAUGGGGAGAGAAAGCUGGAAUCUUCAGUGGAAGAAUUGAUUUCAGAGCAUCUGAUGGCAGAAUUCAAGGCAGACAGCUUUAAUUUUAGUUCCUCUGGAAGAGAAGACGUGGAUGUGAGGACACUAGGCAAUGGACGGCCCUUUGCGAUGGAGCUGGUGAAUCCCCGCAGGAUCCGUUUCAGCGCCCAGGAGAUGAAGAGGCUGCAGCAGGCAAUUAAUGACUCUUCAGACAAAAUACAGGUUCGAGAUUUGCAGCUUGUCACCAGAGAGGCAAUUGGUCGUAUGAAGGAAGGUGAGGAGGAGAAGACAAAGACCUACAGUGCCUUGAUAUGGACAGACAAAGCGAUACAGAGAGAGGACAUCGCAUUUCUCAAUGAUAUCAAGGAGCUGAAGCUGGAGCAGAAGACGCCGCUGCGGGUGCUGCACCGGCGGCCGCUGGCCGUGCGCUGCCGCCUCAUCCACAGCAUGAGCAGCGAGUACAUCGACCAGCACCACUUCAGGCUGCACCUUAGGACACAGGCAGGAACCUACAUUAAAGAGUUUGUGCAUGGAGACUUUGGGAGAACCAAGCCCAACAUUGGGUCCCUCCUGAACAGAACUGCUGACAUCCUGGAGCUGGAUGUAGAGUCUGUUGAUGUUGACUGGCCUCCAAGCCUGGCUGAUUAACCCUGGAGCUGGGAUGAGGAAGCAGCAGCUCCCUGGCAGCAGCUGGUGACCAGACACUGUGCAGGACCUGUUACAGCCUGGGUGCCAAGGGUGUCCCUGGAACACUGGCAUCAGGGUGAUCUGCCAGAGGAUACCCUUGGGCACCACUUUACACACUCAGGACCAGGUAUUGGUUCAAUCUCAAGCCUUACUUUUAUUUCUUCUGUACAUAAAAAGAUUUUGGGGAGCCAAUGUCUAUAACCCUCCAUCAAGCCAGGUUUUAUUUUAAACUCUUUUUCUAUUGGAUACUACAGCUUUCCUUGUGUGGAUGCAGGUAACACUGAGUUACCUGAAACCCACUCCCAACUUUUCCUGACACUGCUUUUUUUUUGUCAGUGGCAGUAGAGAUAAGCAGAUUUGUCUCUCAGAGUGCUUUUUAAAGGGGAAAAAAAAAGUUUUCCAAGGAAAACUUUGCACUUGAAACCAAGUUUUUCUCAUUUAAAAACAUGGGGGAUGCUUCCUAGAAACAAGAGUUGAGGCUUCCUCAGCCCUUUGAGGAGUAGGAAUUCCCCAGUGAGUCACAAUGUACAAAAAGACUGGGAACUCCUGGUGGGUGAUGGGAAUGUAAAGAAAAACAGGAACACCGAGAAUGUCAACGAGCAGGCAGAAAUAGGAGGUACCACAGGGUGCUGGUAUCGAGAGAGAGAUAAAAACCUCUGAUCUAGCAGCAUAAUACAUUUCUUCUUGUACCUCACCUUGUAUGGAUGCCUGGAAGAGCUGAACACAGCCUAGGAACUGGAAUAGGGAAGAUCUGAGGUUUUCUUUGGUUAUUUUAAAUGUUUCCUACUAAGCACCACCAUCAUCUUUAGGAAGUCAUUUUUUAUACCAGUAUCAUGUUAAUCCAUUACGGAGGUGCUUCCCUGAAGUACAGAAGAGUUAAACUAUCAACAAAAAAUUAAGGUUUGGAAUUUCAGAUCUCUUUGUUAAUAUUUUGGGGCUAAAAAGGGUAACAUUUGCCACGACUGUGUGGGGACAGGGAGGAUCACUGGGCUGUCUUCCCUUGAAUUCAGUGAUGCUCCAUGACAGCUUGAGCUGGAGGCUCUAAAAGUGUUAAUAAAUACAUUUUUAAGGAGCUCCUUUAAGGCUCUGCCUGUGCUGGGCUGUCAGAACUUGUGUCUGUAACAUAAGUAAUUCAGAAGCUCCUGUUUUUCUAACACAGAAAUUUGAUUCAGACAGAAAUACUAUUUUUGGUUUUAAUAUUAAAGUUCUUAUGAGCAACACAUUCCAUGAGUAGUUCUCAGAUAAUAAUCUGCAGCCAGGAAGGAAAUGUCAUUAAUGAUAGAAAACUAAAGAAACUGAAUGCAGAAAACAAAAGGGAAUUUCAUAUCUGCGUGAUUUCUUAAAACUCACAGUGAGCUAAAAUACAAUUUAUAAAUUCCAUAAUCUACAAGGGAAAGCAAAAAUGUAAACAAGACUGUGCUCUCUGGACACAACAGGCAUGGGAAGAGCUGCUCCAAGGGGAAAUGGAGCCGGGGGGGAGAGGGAAAGGGCUGCCAAGGACACACAAGGCUCUUCCCUGUGCAGCCCCUGCAAGGCAGAGAGCUCCUCCCAAACUCCCAGGCUGGUUAUUUUUAUGGGAAAUCUGAAGUAUCCAAAUGGGGAGGGUGGAAGCUGAUAUGCAAAUAUCCCUGAGCUCUUGAGGCAGUUCUUGGGCAGAAAUGAAACUGAGAAAUGUAAUCUGGGGGUCUGAACUUUGUUUCCAGUCCAGUUUUGCAACUGUCACACACUGAAUAUUGCAGCAAUAAUAUUCAUGUUGCACUUGGGCCUUCAGCUGAUUUUUAGGAGUAUUUUGGUGAGUGCUCAGACUGGGUGUUUGGUGAGAGCCAGAUUCCAUCUUGUAUUUCCCCAGCUGGACACCUCUAAUGCCUCCCCCUGCAUUUUGGUUUUGCAUCAGCUCAGCUGGGCCUGGAGAGAGCUGGACUGGCAGCACAGCUCAGCCAAAAGCAUCUGUGCCCUGGUCCCCUCUGCCUAAAAACCAACAGCUCUGCCCCAAAACCUGCUCAGGCACAUCAGCCCUCACAUGCCCGACGUUUUAUAGCAACAGGGAGCAGAAAAUACCCCAAAAAAGCCCAGGAUAAGCAGCCCAGAACCUACCUUGUCCCUUUCCCUGCCUGCCCGUGGUGAGGGACGUCACGAAGCUGAGGAGCUGCAGAAGCUGAGCACUUUGUAUAACCAGUUUCUUUUAAUUACCAAACCAACUUGUUUAUAAAGGAAACCAGAAGUUUGAAAAAAUUUAAUUAUACAGUAAAAACAAAUUAUACUACAAAGAGCUUUAUAAAGUGAGCAGAGGGUUUUCUGAAGUUAGCAAAAUGUUUACAUUUAAUAUACUUAAAACUGAGAACUUCAAAAAAAAAGAACAAUAAACAACAUGAUUCAAACUGUCUGUGUAUUUCUUUGGCCUUUCUAUUGCUUAGGAGUGGAGGAGAGAAGUGAGGAAACACUGCUUUAAAACAGUUUUCAGUUUGUUGUGCACCUGGAGUCAGGGGAAGCAGUUUCCAAUGCUCACCUGACUGAUGGAACUCCAGCAGCAGCACUGGAGUGCUCCCAAUGCAAUGGAUUCCUGCAGGGAAGGCAUCCCUGCUUUCCUGAAAGCCACAGAGGGGUUCUGGAGCACCUUUCCUUGUGUACAACUCUACAUCUCAAGUGGCUUGUUUGAUUUGGGGGCUGGGUCGAGGACAAGUUGUUGCUUUUUUUUGUUGUUGUGCUCAUAGUGCAAUUUUUCAUCACCAAAAGGUGACAAGGAGGACCUUACCUGCCCUAAAGAGCAGCUGUGUCCCUUAGAAAUACUCAGACAUUUCCCUGUGUUGCUUGUAAAAAAAUAAGAGCAUAAAAUAAAGUUGCCAAGGCCAGAGUGUCUUACCCAGCCAGGUACCUCCAUCUGGAGGUGUCAGGAACAGCUCCUGCUCAGGCUAAGAGUGAAGACUGGGAAUCAAGUGGGUGGGAAGAACUUCUGGUCCCUGAUACAGAGGACAGAGGAGUGGUUUUCAUUAGUACAGACUGAAAUGGCUUUAAAAGUUGUUAAUAGAGGUGAGGCUGCAGCAGGGCAGCCUCUGGCUUUGCCCUCCUGGGAGGGGGUGGUGCUGGGGAGGCAGGACCUGAGCCUUUUUGAAGCAGUCACUUGCAUAGCAGGAAACUGCCAGGAUACCUGAGGAAAGAGUGAGUAAGUGGAUACUCUGGCUCCAGAGAUUCCUGCCUUUCCAAAUCUCACUCACAUGGCAGCUGCACACACACACACACAAGCUGCAGAGCAGUAUCAGCUUCAUUCCUAAAGCUACAGGGGCGUGGCUUGUGAGAUUGUGCAGUCUGGCUGGAGUGCAGACAAGUCCUCACUUUCUGUUCCUUGUCUUGUGCAGUGAUUUCCUUUACAACAGAGCUUUUACAACUAUUUAAAAACUCAAACCUUCCGGUCUUUUUAAAUAUAUCUAACAAUGACAUAGUCAUUAAAAAAAAUUUAUGAGUAAAUUUGCCUUCAAAGCAAACGGAGUGUGGUGACAGCGUGGAAAAUCAAUACACAUUCUCAUUUUAGAAGAAUAUUUAUAGAAAGGGAAUUAAAAACCCAAAUCUUUCAAGUAAGUUGAGCAGAACUCAGGUGCCAUUCAUUAGACAGGACUGAAUUAGAGUGCUCACGUGCAGGGUUUUUUUCCUAAUUUCUGUACUAUCAAAAUUUAAAUUUAAUUUCUAUAGCAAAAAUGGCUAUUUCAAAACAACUUCAACCCUGUGAAGUACUUGAAACUUUAACCCUUCUGAAGAUGCCAGCUUUUACAGUCCCCAAAAGUAAGGAAGCUUUAAGUGUUAACAGUUCCCACUUCUAAAAACACAUCUACAAGAUACUUUAGGUACAGAAACCCCAAACCCCACUCCCACCUCCCUCUUUAGGGGCACCACUGUGGGCUGCAAUAAAUAACCUUUAAGUUAUAACCUGAAACUUGCACGGCAACAUUCUGAAAGAGAAGAAAGCAGGGACUCCAGAAGGGUAAAUGACAUGAAAGGCUCCUCUCCAGGCAGCAGCACC